AUGCCGGAGUUGGUGGAGCAGAUGUACUGCUCCCAGCAGAUCGUAAUUCCACCCAAGUUUCCUUACGUCCUCAAGAGGUACUGUAAAGCUGCUAUCAAAACCCAACCAUACGACUUACUGCGCUGGUCUUUCGAGUACUUCCUGGCUCUUGCAGAGCAUAGACCACCCCCUGUAAAGUUGAGGCUGGAGUAUCCAAUAUAUAGCUCGGAGGGUGGGCUGACGCGAGGGUGUCUGAAGGUGCUUGCUCAACAGUUAAACACUUUUCCAACUCUUCCACUAUCAGUGUUGAAAAGAGCCUGGCAGGGAUUCUGUCUGGACCCUAACGAGUUGAAGAGGAUAUUCUGUCUGUGCGAAGUAUACAAACGGGCUGACACUGUCCCUUUCCUGCAUUUCAUAGCUGUGGCUGGAGGUACACUCACCAAGUGUCUAACCCACACGAUGAUUCUCCUGUGCGAAUCUCUCACCAAGGAACCUGACGGUGGUUCAGCAGCCAUACCUUACAAGGAUUUUCUGACGAUGUACAGUUUCUUGGCUGACAUGGACGCAAGCCGCGAUAUCAAGUACUACAACGGUUACAGAGAAGGACAAUUUCCCGUUGAGGAAAAUACCGAGGAAGAUCAAUCUGUAGAGUCAGAAGACCAGGGUGAUCAGACUUCUCAGUCAUCAGACGAAGGUUUCUGGCAAGAUGAAUCAGCUCAUUUUAAACACGUGUCAUUAAUAGACGGCAAAAUUGGUACCAGUACCAACGUCAGUAAGAAGACCACUCAGCCUCUUAUCGGCCAUCUUGAGAGAUCUCCUUCUGUGGAGAGAGCGAAGCAGAUAGAGAGAGAAACUUAUAUAAGAGACAGAAAAGGAAGAGCUCCGCCAAGUGAUGAAGUGGAAAGGAAGCUGAAGAAAAUAAGCGUUAUGCAAAUGGAAAGGUUGGAGGGGGGCGUCGAUGAAGAAGUGAAAGAAGAAGACGAAGAUAAACCAGUGGAUAUUCGCGUUUAUGAUGAAGAAGAAAAUGAAAUCGAGUUUACAAUUUACGGUGAACCUGUUGAAGAAAUUAAAGAAGAACAAACAGAGGCGCCAGCAGUAGAGCCAACAAUAGAGCCCGACGUAGCAGAAGAGCAUGAAGAAGAACAGGUUGUGGAAGAAGAAGAGCCUGAAUGGCAGAAAGUAGCGAAAUUUAUUGCUGAAGUGAAACAAGCGAAAAAAGAUCGCUUAGAAGAUUUCGAGCAAACUCUGGAUGAAAUCAAAAUUCUUGUGGAUAGAUUCAAAUCAGCGAACUAUGAUCUAGGAAUGGUGGCUGGCCGUCAAAUGUCUACCACCAGUGGAGAAUUCAUCGUGCAACAUAUUGAGCAAGAAAUUCUGGCGUAUAUAGACGAGCAGAUUGCCAUACUGCCAGAUCCUGAUUUGAAGAAAAAGAAGGCUAAACCAGAAGAAGUAGAGAUGAUACGUGAUCUAUUGGAGAAAUUCAUAGACGACAACAUGGAUAUCAUCGUGCCGGAAGUGGAGGAAGUUGAGGAAGAGGAAUCACCCAUACCAGAGAUAACUAUAGUAUAUGCUGUGCCCGGCAUCGGUCCCCAAGUGGACCUUGAUAUUGUCAUGGAUUUCAAAGAGUAUAUUAAGGAAGUGAGAACACUCCAGGCCGACGUGAUUAUGCCUAGAAACAUACGCCACUAUCUUUGCCCACCUCUGGAGAAAUUGAUGGAGUACAAGUACCCUGACUUCUCCAGGCCUGAUGUGACGAACGUGAAGAUCUUCGAGAAGAAAGAACAAGCCGCAGUUGGUGGGACGAUAGCAGAAUAA